CGCUCCCCGGCCUCCGCAAUACUCGAAUCGACGCAGCGAUAUGGAAACCCAGUCCUACCUCAGUGAAAACCGUGGCGAAUUUCCUACGGACUACCGAUUCGACCCGCAAGCAGCCAGGGCCUGGAUGGAGGCGAACUGGCAGAGCUAUUGUGCAGUGUGGCUGUCGCUGUAUAUCGCAGCCAUCGCGUGGUUGAAACGCGACAGGGAAAAGAAGGAGAAGCUGACGUGCAAAGGGCCUCUCCUCGUCUGGAACAUCAGCCUGGCCGUGUUCAGCCUCAUCGCCGCCACCAAAAUUCUCCCCUGGUUCCUCUAUGCUUUGUCGGGGAAAGGAUACUACUACAGCAUCUGCUCUGCCUCGUAUUUAAUAGAAAAUCGAGAAACGAGCUACUGGAAUCUUCUAUUUGCCCUCUCCAAAGCGCCAGAAUUGGGCGACACGCUUUUCCUUCUUCUCAAGAAACAACCAUUGAGGUUCCUGCAUUGGUAUCACCACGUCACAGUCCUCCUCUACUGCUGGCACGCUCACAGCGAGUAUGCGUCGACGGGACUUUGGUUCACUGCCAUGAAUCUGGUGGUGCAUUCCAUCAUGUACUCGUACUUCGCGGCGAGGACCUUCGGCGUGAACGUGAGGAGAGAGAUCGCGAUGCUCAUCACUACCUUGCAGAUCCUCCAGAUGAUAAUGGGCUUCAUCGUCAGCCUCUCGGCCGGAUAUUUCAAAUUCUACGGCCACCCGUGUCAGGUCACGCCCCACAACGCCAUCAUAUCGAUUCUCAUGUACCUCUCCUAUUUGGCUCUAUUCGUGGCCUUCUUUCGAGACUCCUACGUGAGGAAGCCCAGGGUCCACUCCAAGAAGGAUUCGUGAUUUUAGAGAGAAAACUUUCAUCGUGGUUAUCAUAGCGUGUAGGGUCGAUGGGAGUACUUUUCUACUAAUUAGCAUGAACAUUCGUGCUUGCUCAAGGUUCCAGUCUUUCAUUUCCUGUUAAUGCCUUCUACAGUAUUGCCACAGUAGCAAGAUAGCUCUUAUUUUUGCAGAAAGAAGAAGCAAUAUAUCGUCACCUCAGUUCAAUAAGGUUCUAUGACAUUUUCAUGAAAAAUGAGAUUCAGGAGAUGUAUAGAUUUUGAGUGAAUUCCCUCAAGAAAGGCUAGCAUUAACGAUUCUUCAAAGUACUCUCUGCCCGGGUCUCAAACAUUCAGCUCAACAAGGUUCUAUCUUCAGUUCCUGGCCAAUAGGUAAGGACAAAACUCUGAAGACUUUUGAUUGGUUUAUUAUCCAGGGUAGGUGGUCCCCUAAUUGCCAUCAGCCAAUCAGAUAUCUUGCUACAGCUAGCACCAUCCGAUGAGAUUUUGCCCAACAACACUCAUGUACAAGCACAGGUAGAGGCUGCAUUUCAAGUGUGCGUUUCAAUUGAAGGGCGAAAGGUAAAGUGGCU